UCCCAGUUAAUAUAUAAAUGACGAAUAAUAUUUCAUUGUAUCAAUUGUUUUGUUUCGUCGGUUAGGUUAGGUCGCUCACCAGCCUGUGGAUCAGUAUUUUUAAUGUGUAACUAGGUUCAUUAUGGCAAAAAUGUUGGAAAAUUCGCCGAACGCCGCUUUGGAUAAAACGCUUAUUCAGCAUUAUUUGACAUUGCCCAUUCCAGAUGGAAAGUGCCAGGCGACGUAUAUUUGGAUUGACGGUACGGGUGAAAAUGUGAGGUGUAAAACACGCACUUUGGAUUUCGUACCAUUGAAACCCGAAGAACUUCCGGUGUGGAAUUUCGACGGUGGUUCCACAGGACAAGCGGAAGGAUCAAAUUCUGACGUAUUCAUAACACCCGUUGCUAUCUAUAACGAUCCCUUCCUGAGAGGCAACAACAAAUUAAUUAUGUGUGACGCAUACAAAUACAAUAGGAAACCAGCCGAUACGAACAAGAGGGUGGGUUGUUUACAGGCAAUGGAGGCAGCCAAGGAUACUGAACCUUGGUUUGGCAUAGAACAGGAAUACACGUUACUCGAUAUGGACCUCCGACCUCUAGGAUGGCCCAAAAAUGGAUUCCCAGGACCUCAAGGACCUUAUUAUUGUGGUGUUGGUGCGAAUAAAGUUUACGCUCGGAGUAUUGUGGAAGCACACUAUAGGUGUUGCUUGUAUGCGGGAAUUAAUAUUUCAGGCACCAACGCUGAAGUUAUGCCUGGUCAGUGGGAGUACCAAGUUGGUCCAUGUCUUGGUAUUUCAAUUGGGGACCAACUUUGGGUAUCUAGAUAUAUUCUGCAUCGUGUGGCGGAAGAUUUUGGUGUUAUAGUGACUUUUGAUCCCAAACCCAUGGAAGGAGACUGGAACGGAGCUGGAGCUCACACAAACUUCUCUACGAAGGGAAUGAGAGAAGAUAAUGGUAUUGUAGAAAUUGAGAAAGCUAUUGACAAAUUGAGCAGGAAUCACCUUAGGCACAUCCAGGCCUACGAUCCCAAUGGGGGAAAAGAUAACGAGCGUCGUCUAACAGGAAGACAUGAGACUUCUUCAAUCCAUGACUUCAGUGCAG